AAAAUUUUAUACAAUAUUCUUCGAAUGUCAUACUUUAAUGUACUAUUGGUUUUAAUAAUGAGAUUUUAACUGUGUCGUCACAAAUAAUUCACAAAAACGUGCCUUAUUUUUGUACGAAUUAACCUUAGUCCCCCUUAAGAUUCUUUUCCUCCUGGAUUUGGAGAAAGAGGAAUUUGUUCCGAAGAUUAGCGAUAAUUAGCAUUGACUACUUGUUUCUGGCUGUAGAUUCUUGUUAUAUGCUAGCGUAGAACUGCUUCCAGCGCUUGGCCGCAAGGUGCAGCCCCAGUCCGGGAACAACUAGAACAGUGAGCGUGAGCGAGCAUCAUUUCCUCCCUCUCUCUUAACACCGACUAACGAGCGGCGGCAGUAUACAUGUGGUACAUGCCCGAUUAGACAAGGGCAGAAGCGAUUUCUAUGCAGUGCUUUCUUCUUAUUGCCAUAUCGUAUCCAUUUAAACGGUUAAAUUAAUAAAGGAGAAAAUAAAAUGCACACGAAAAUCUAUCAAAAUAUAUUGAAUUACUACAGAAGGCAAGUACAUACGAAUGUGUCUCGAGUUUUGUUUAAUCAAUAUUACGAUGCGACUCACAAAAGACGAAUGCGUUCUUCGCGUUUAUAUUGGAGCGGAUUUGGUAUUUUAGUCGUUGGUUUUACUUAUGCUUCCGUGCCUUUAUAUAGAAUAUUUUGUCAGUCAUAUAAUUAUGGUGGUACUGUAUCAACCAAUCAUGAUAACAGCAAAGUGCAUUCAAUGAAACCUAUUAAGGAUAGAGUGAUAAAAAUAAAAUUUAAUGCUGAUACAGCAGCCAUGAUGCAAUGGAAUUUCAAACCACAACAAAAUUUUAUAAAAGUUGUUCCUGGAGAAACUGCCUUAGCAUUUUACACAGCAAAAAAUCCAUUAAAUGUACCAGUGACUGGUAUAUCUACUUAUAACGUAGUACCAUAUGAAGCUGCACAAUAUUUUAAUAAAAUUCAGUGUUUUUGUUUCGAGGAACAACAACUUAAUCCACAUGAAGAAGUUGACAUGCCAGUAUUUUUUUACGUUGAUCCAGAGUUUGUUGAUGAUCCAAAAAUGGAAAAUGUUGAAGAAAUUGUACUUUCCUAUACAUUCUUUGAAGCCAAAGAAGGAAUGACAUUUCCUAUACCGAGUUUCAUGAAAAAAUAGUAAAAAUUGUAAAAAAAGGAUGUUAGUGUUUUGACAAAUAUAUGUUCAAUACCUAAUAUGUUGUUAAUUACAUUACAUUGUUUAAAUUUUUGGGGAAGACAAUGUAAUAAUAUAUAAUAAUAACUAUGUAUUUAUUGGUGAGCA